AUGCUCGAGUGGAAUUCGUAUAAGGUUUAUAAAAUAACAGUUGAAACAGAACAGGUUCUGAGUUUCUCGACACAAGAUUUUGUUAUUGAAGGAAUAGAACUUAACAGAUAUGAUGAGGUGGAAAAAUACUUCUAUGAAAGUACAAAGACAUCAGAAUGA